UGAAAUAAUAUUUGGCCAAAGAAUCUCUGGCUUCACUGCGCUCGUGCUUUUGUGACGUAUCCGCAGGCGGAUCUCGGGUGUCCUGCAGAUCGGAAUGAAGCUCAGGGUGAGAAUCAACAAUCAAACCCAUAGACUGCAGCUGGACGGACCGGAACCGAGUCUGUCUGAUCUCAGUGAUCGGAUCAGAGACACUCUGCUGUCUGAAUGUGGGUUGAGCUCUGAUGUGGAGUUUAAUCUGUCUCUAAACGGGAAGGAGGUUCUGGUAGACACGGGACAGACUCUUUCCUCCUGCGGGGUGGUCUCCGGUGAUAUGAUGAGUGUGAUUUUACCCCCAGGCAGCUCGCAGGAGACACAAACUGCCCCAAACAACCUGAGCAGUGCAGGUGUCCGGCAGGGGCAGAAUCAGAUGCACUCGAGUGAGGAGUCAGGACGCAGUGACAGAGACGGUGAGCAGGAGCAGUGGGUGGACGGAGAUGGAGGCAUGGUCACCGAAGGCUCCGCCCCUCUGCCACUGCUGUGCUGUGAGACUGUGGAGGGUGUGAUUCCUCACGCUCUAGAGAGGCUGCUGGACUCGGCGAAUUGUCAGAAGCCGUCAGACUGUCUGAUGCUGGCGAUACAUCUGAUGCUUCUUGAGACCGGAUUCAUUCCGCAGGGUUGGAACGUAAACUCGGGUGAGAUGCCGAUUGGCUGGCGGGCAGCAGGGGGCGUGUACAGGAUUCAGUAUGGUCAUCCUCUUCUGGAGAACAGUGUGGUCACAGUGGUGGCUGUGCCGAUGGGACAAACUCUUGUCAUUAAUGCUGUUCUGAAGAUGGACAGAAGUUUGGAGAGCUCCCGUAAAUUGACGCUGAAACUAGAUGAUCAUGUGACACCUGACUCUGCAGGUGUGAGCACAGGUGUGGUUUACAAAGACUUACGGAAACUCUCUCGUCUGUUUAAAGAUCAGCUGGUGUAUCCACUCAUGGCCGCAGCCAGACAGGCACUGGGACUGCCCGCUCUCUUCGGUCUGGCUGUUCUUCCUCCUGAGCUCCUGUUACGUGUUCUGCGUCUGCUGAACGUCACGUCUCUCGUCUCGCUGUCGGCUGUGUGUCGAGAUCUGAACGCCGCCACCCAGGAUCCAUCGCUCUGGAGACACCUGCUGCACAGAGACUUCAGGGUGUGUUAUCCGGCCGGGACUCAGCAUAGAGACACAGACUGGAGAAACGUUUACAGGAUGAAAUAUAAGCAGAAGAAGGAGAUGGAGCAAAGAAGCAUAUGCAGAUUUUACCCGCCCCACCUGCCACCCAUUUACCCUCUUGCCCCCAUCCCACCUGCUCCCCUUCCCCUCUACCCCUACCCGCCUGGCAUCAUUGGUGGAGAUUAUGACCAAACGCCCGUUGUCCUGCCCCGCCCACGCUUUGACCCCAUUGGUCCGCUCCCGGGUCAUCUUCCAGGUGCGGACUUUCCCAUUGGCCGGCGUUCUCUGAGGCCGGGAGGAAACCGAGCGGCGGACAUCAGGAGAGGAUUUAUCUGAACGCCAGAACUCGAACAUGUUCAGCACAGACUUGUGGACUUGUGUUGGAUAAAGUCAGAUUGACAAUUUUGAGGCAGA